AUCUGUGCCGCGGUGGAGCAGGGACUGGACACACACCGCUCGAGAGAUGGCGCGGCACCCGACCGGAGCGCAAGGACAGCUGGUUGGCGACGGGGGGGCUUGAAUUACAAAGAAGAAGAAAAGAAAUAUAUGGUUUUAAAAGCAAAAACAAGAAAGAAAAAAAAGGGCAAAAAAAGAGAGAAAAGGAUAAAUACAAGCAUAUUUAGAUAUUAUAUUGAAAGAGGAAAAAUAACAGAUUUUGAAGAGACAUUUUAUUCCUGGAGAGCGGCGGCAGAGAGGUAGGAGAAUAAUCGACUAUUGCAGCACAGAGAGGAUCUGGACAGGAGGCUGCUGCGAGGAGGACACCAAAAAGCAACAACAACAAAAAGCCAACUGAACUUUACUGGACGCGUGGACUUCCUUUACGUCGGCUUACGGCAGUAGGUCAGAUAGAUGGUUUGUCCACAGCGGAGCCCGGAUCAUGAACGCGCAGCUGUCGAUGGAGAACAUAGGCGACCUGCACGGAGUGAGCCAUGAGUCCGUCGCCGGCCACGGAGAGCUGCUGAGCGGCCACAGUCCGCACUCCCGCCCGAGCCCGCGGGGACUGAGCCACCGCGCAAUGGGCAUGGCCACCCUACUGGACAGCGGAGACUAUCACCCCGGCCACCCGGGACACCUGCACCCAGCCAUCAGCAUGUGCGAAGCCCCCCACGGCAUGAGCGCGAGCACCACCUACACCACCCUAACCCCCCUGCAGCCCUUACCCCCCAUCUCCACCGUGUCCGACAAGUUUCCCCCCCAUCACCACCACCACCACCAUCCCCACCACCCGCACCCGCACCAGAGGCUCCCCGGGAACGUCAGCGGCAGCUUCACGUUGAUGCGGGAGGACCGCAGCUUGGCGCCCAUGAACAGUCUGUAUCCCGCGUACCAUCACAAAGACCCCUGCAUGGGCCAGAGCCUCUCGCCGCUGUCUGGUUCCGGGCUGGCCAGCAUACACACGUCUCAGGCCGGCAUCCCGCCGUACGCUCACCCCGGCGCCGCCAUGCCCGGCGAGAAGAUGCUCACGCCCAGCGGGUUCGAGGCUCACCAUCCGGCCAUGCUCAGCAGACACGCCGAGCAGCACAUGACCUCCUCCGCCGGGAUGGUGCAAAUCAACGGCCUGCAUCACCACCCGCACGCCCACCUCGGCGCGCAGGGCCACGGCCAGGGGCUGGGCAGUAACCGGGAGCAGGCCUCCGGCCCUGGGCACCAAGGUGGCGGCGGAGGAGGAACAGGAGGAGGAGGCGGCGGAGGCGGCGGUGUUUCUGGGGGACAGAUGGAGGAGGUGAAUACCAAAGAGGUCGCGCAGAGGAUCACCACGGAGCUGAAGCGCUACAGCAUCCCUCAGGCCAUCUUUGCUCAGCGGGUCCUGUGCAGGUCUCAAGGGACCCUGUCCGACCUGCUGAGGAACCCCAAGCCCUGGUCGAAGCUCAAGUCCGGCAGAGAGACGUUUCGUCGCAUGUGGAAGUGGCUGCAGGAGCCUGAGUUCCAACGCAUGAGCGCUCUCAGGCUCGCAGGUGAGCGAAGCCUCGCGUGCAAGCGCAAGGAGCAGGACCACGGCCGGAGCGAGCGAGGGAACGUGACCAAGAAGCCCCGGCUGGUGUUCACGGACGUGCAGCGGCGGACGCUCCACGCCAUCUUCAAGGAGAACAAGCGUCCGUCCAAGGAGCUGCAGCUCACCAUCGCCCAGCAGCUGGGCCUCGAGCUGGCCACAGUCAGCAACUUCUUCAUGAACGCUCGGCGGCGGAGCCUGGACAAGUGGGUGGACGACGGCUCCGGUCACGUGGCCAACUCGGGGCCCAACGUCUGCACCAAAGCCUGAAGUCGGACCGAACCUGACCAACUCAUGGACUGACUCAACCUCGGUUUAAAAGCUUUAAAAAAAAAAUGAAAUAAAAACAUUUCUGAGAAACAAAGAAAACUUAAAAGACCUCGAAGCAACAUUUUGCCCUUAAACCUGUACUAUAUUGAUAUUUAUAGUAUCCAAAGAUGAAAAGCAAACCAAAGACUUCUUGUUUGACCUGCUUUACGAUGUUUGUUUCAGUGACACAGUUUUUGUGUAACAUACUGCAAAAAGACUUUACUCUCUUUCACACACACACACGCACGCACGCAAACAUGCAGACGCACUCACAAAUACACGUACACACCCAGGUCUUUAGCUUUAUUACACCCCCACCUUCACCUCCCAACUGUGUAUCAGUCUAUCAUUUGCCAUCCUUAUCUCUAAUCUGAUUGGUUGGUUUUAAUGAUGGGUCCCUAGGAGGAGGUCUAAUCAGCCUAUCGGCAGUCUGAUCUGCAGCUGUCCACAGCCUGAGGAAAAAAAAAUGUUAAAAAGAAAAAAAAAACAUGGACGAAUGUGGAGUUCCAGCGCGAUUGUCCAAUCAACUUUAAAAAGAAAGAACAUUUUCAUCCUGCGUGGAGCGACCAAGAUUGUUCCGCAACCUUUGUUUGGACCAGUGGCGUGGACUGUAUGUCUGUGGUUCUGUCGAGCAUUCCGGACAGACGGGACGGGGGGGGGCAAAGAAGUGUCUGUUCAUAGACUGCU